UCUGAAAUGAUUGUAUUUGCUGAUAUCUUCACUGAUGAUGAAAUGUUCUCUGAUUCAUUUAACCCAACUGUUGAGGGAUGCAUGUAUGUCGUUAAGGCUAAAUUUGUUGUUAAAAAAGAAGAAGAUUUUGGAAUUGCUUGUAAUGCUGAUGAAGAUGCAGAAGAAGGAGCUGCAGGAGAAGCUGGAGAAGCUAAUGUUGAAAAGGUUAUUGAUGUUGUUGAUAAUGCUCAUUUAGUUGAACAAGCAUUCACAAAGACUGAAUAUAUGGCUCAUAUUAAAGGAUAUAUGAAGAAAAUGGCUGAUUAUCUUCAACAAAAUCAUCCAGAAAAACUUGAUCAAUUCAAAGUAGAUGCUACUGCAUUUGUUAAGAAAGUUAUUGGAGCUUUCAAAGAUUGUUCUUUCUAUUCAGGAGAAUCUUGCGAUACUGAUAAUGGUAUGGUUGCAGUAGCUAUGUAUCAUGAUGGAGUUAAUCCAACUUUCUAUUUCUUCAAGGAUGGACUUAAAGAAAACAAAUACUAAUUAAGAUAUUAUUAUUUG